GAUGCAUACUUCAAGCUUCAAUACAACCUUUUGUUCGUUAAGUCAGUUAUCCUUCAUCUCCUUAUAUCAUCUCUCUUUAAAAAAAUCUUUUAUAGAUUUUUUUUUCUUAAAUUUGUUGCAAGAACGAUGUUCGUGCAACACAAACUGAUAAGAUAUUUGCAAACAGGCGAAACCGAUCCUUCCUGGAAAUCCCUCUUCUUGUUUUACCUCUACAUGAAUCUUCUCUGUUCUGGCUCGUGAUUCUAUUUCUGAAAAUCUACUUCUUUUAGCUUUGAAUUUAUAUAAUAUUUAUAUACAUAAAACUACAAAAAUGUUUGGAUCAAUUAAGGAAAGUGGUCUAGAUUUCAUCAAUAUGGAUGAAAAUUCGUAUGAGUUCUCAUUUACGAAUCCUUCGGAUUCAUCAUCAUCAUAUCUGAAUUCCUAUUUUGAAGAUGAAAAAGAUGUGAAGCCUCUUGGAACUUCCAUUCUUGAUUACACUUAUUUUGAUAAUCAAACCCCCGAGACAUUACCUUCACAAGCUUUUGAGGGUUACGACUUCAUGAUUCAACAAAAACUAGAGGAUUACAAUGGAUCUUAUGAAAUGGUUCUAGCAGAAAUCCGAGAAGUUCUAAAAGCUGUAUGCGACAUACAUUCUUUACCCAUGGCUCAAACAUGGAGUCUAUGUGGUCAACAAGGUCAACGCGAGUGCCAUAACCAAUCUUCCGCUUGCAUUUCUGUCAUCAAUUCAGCCUCCUAUGUACUCGAUCCCAACGUUUUAGGGUUUUACGAAGCAUGCUCCGAUCUCCAUCUCCUCCGAGGCGAAGGUAUCGCCGGAAAAGCACUGGGUACAAACCAACCAUGCUUUGCGACGGACAUCACCGCUUUCAGUGCAACCGAAUACCCUCUAUCGGGCCCCGCUAGGGUUUUUGGGCUCGGUGGUGCGGUGGCGAUACGACUCCGGAGCACCUAUUUAGGAGCUGUCGAUUUCAUUCUCGAAUUCUUUCUACCUAAUAGUUGCAGAAACGAUGAAGAACAGAAGAAUAUGUUGAGUUCGAUUUCGUCUGUGAUGCAAAAUGUUUCUACAAGUUUACGCGUCGUAAACGAUGACGAAUUAGUAGAAGAAGAUGAAUCGUCAUGUUCUUGGAUUUCAAAAGCUCAAAAGCGAGGUGAAAGUUUCAUUGUUUCUUUCAAGGAGGAACCACAAGAACAAGAAGAAUUCAAAAUGAUAAACCAAUUCGAUUACACGAAGCAAAUUGAACAGAAAUCGAAACCAAAAGGGAGAAAACGAUCGUUAGGCGUCAGGAAAUCGGAAGAGAAACGACGAGUUAAACCAGAGAAGAACAUCAGUUUACCAGUUCUUCAACAAUACUUUCCCGGGAGUCUCAAAGAUGCUGCAAAAAACAUUGGGGUUUGCCCCACGACAUUGAAGAGGAUAUGCAGGGAGCAUGGGAUUAUGAGAUGGCCUUCUAGAAAGAUCAAGAAAGUAGGCCAUUCUUUGAAAAAACUCCAAACCAUAAUCGACUCAGUUCAAGGUGCAGAGGGUACGAUUCAACUCAGAUCCUUCUACACAAACUUCCCAGAACUCAGCUCCCCGAAACCUUCUUCAUCAUGUGGGAGCCCUAAUUCAGUUCAAGAAGAAAGGAAAUCACGAGAAAGGACACAAAGAGAGAAGCUUUCAGAUUAUGAUCAUUCUAAUGAAGGUGCUUUUAGGGUGAAAGUUGUUUAUGGUGAAGAGAAGAUACGAUUAAGCGUGUCAAAAGAUUGUGGUUUUUGGGAUUUGAAGAGGGAAGUUAUGAGGCGAUUUGGUAUGAAUGAUUUGAAUUGUGUGACAUUGAAGUAUUUGGAUGAUGAUUUGGAGUGGGUUUUGUUGACUUGUGAUGCGGAUCUUGAAGAAUGUAUGGACAUAAAUAUGGUGUCAAAGAAGUGUUCGAUAAAAGUGUUGGUUCAUGAAUCUUUUCAUCCAGAAUCUGGAAGUUCUUUUACUGGGUGUUGACAUUUGACAAGAUGUUUUGUAUAGGUAAUGUAUAUAUAAGAUGAGUCAUGAGUGUAUAUUUCUAUAUAUUAAAAGGGAAAUUAAGUUUGUGGAUAGCUAAUUUACUAUAACAAAGAGUUAGUAUUUCAUGGUUUUGUUGGUGGGAGUGAAGUGAGUUUGAGUGAUUGUAUAGAUUGUAUCAUUCAUACCUGGAAAUGCUUGAAUCAGAGUGACUUGUAGGCAUAAAGCUGCUUUUAUUUUGGUC